AUGAUGGAUGAAAUUAGUUUUAUCACGAAAUGGUAUAUUACUAUACCAUCAUUAUUGGUCAUUUAUAUUUUAUUUCAACAUGUUUACACAUUUUAUCUUAGAUUUAGAUAUAAUGCAUAUCAAGUAACAAAUCAAAAUGGAGAUGGUUAUUACGGUUUUAAAUUUCCAUUUGAUUCAUUAAAAGCAAAACUUAAUGGUAGUUUAUUGGAAUUCACAAUGGAUGGAUUCAUAACUUGUCCAAAACCUGAAAUUGCAACUUUUAGAUUACAAGUCUUUUUUAAAGAUUUAAUAAUGACUAGAGAUCCAGAAAAUAUUAAAGCUAUAUUAGCUACUCAAUUCAAUGAUUUUUCAUUAGGUACUAGACAUGCUCAUUUUCAACCUUUACUUGGUGAUGGUAUAUUUACACUUGAUGGAGCUGGUUGGAAACAUUCCAGACAAAUGUUGAGACCUCAAUUUGCUCGAGACCAAAUAAGUCACGUUAAAAUGUUAGAACCUCAUAUUCAACUUCUUUUUAAACAAAUAAGAGCAAAUUCUGGGUCUUUUUUUGAUAUUCAAGAAUUAUUUUUUAGGUUUACUGUUGAUUCAGCUACUGAAUUUUUAUUUGGAGAAAGUGUACAAUCACUUAGAGAUGAUAAGAUUGGAAUGGGUUCAAAUUCAAUUGAUUUUGAUGGAAAAAGUGAAUUUACCGAAGCUUUUAAUUUUACUCAAAAUUAUGUUGCUUCAAGAUCAAUGAUGCAACAAUUUUAUUGGUUAUUCAAUUCAAAACAAUUUAAACAAGCUAAUUCUAAAGUUCAUAAAUUUGCAGAUCAUUAUGUUCAAAAGGCAUUAAGUCUUACACCGGAAGAAAUGGAAAAACAAAAUGGUUAUGUAUUUUUAUAUGAAUUAGCAAAACAAACAAGAGAUCCAAGUGUAUUACGUGAUCAAUUAUUAAACAUAUUAGUAGCUGGAAGAGAUACUACUGCUGGAUUAUUAUCAUUUACAUUUUUUGAAUUGGCUAGAAAUGCAGAAAUUUUUAAUAAAUUAAAAACUGAAAUUGAUGAAAAAUUUGGACUUGGAUCAAAUGCAAGACUUGAAGAUAUUACAUUUGAAUCAUUGAAAUCUUGUGAAUACUUAAAAGCUGUCUUGAAUGAAGCCUUAAGAUUAUAUCCUUCAGUUCCAAUCAAUUUCAGAAUUCCAACUAGAAAUUCAACAUUACCAAAAGGUGGUGGUAAAGAUGGUCAAGAUCCAAUAUUAGUUAAAAAGGGUCAAACCAUUUUAUAUUCUGUUUAUUGUUUACAUCGUGAUCCAGUUUAUUAUGGUAAAGAUGUUGAUGAUUUCAUUCCUGAACGUUGGUUUAAACCAGAAAUGAAAAAAAUUGGUUGGGCUUUUGUUCCUUUUAAUGGUGGUCCUAGAAUUUGUUUAGGUCAACAAUUUGCUUUAACUGAAGCUAGUUAUGUUGUUGUUAGAUUAAUUCAAGAAUUUGGGAAAUUGCAAUUAAAUCCAAAUGCAAUUUAUCCACCUAAAAAGAUGUCACAUUUAACUAUGAGUUUAUUUGAUGGUUGUAUAGUUAAAAUGGAAUAA